UCGGACAAAUGCAACGCUUGAGAGAUGCAGACAGUUCGAUGUUUAAACCAGAGUGCAUUUACCCGUCAGGAGGCGGCUGGACGGAAGGAACGGCUGAUUCCCAAAGUAUGCUGUAUUUUUUUGCAAAGCUCAUAUUGUUGAUCUUUUGCGGGGUCCUCCUCGGAGAAAGUAGGAAGCACAGAAAGGGGAGAUGGACGGCAGAAGCGCAGGUGCAAAAAAUAAGUUACUCAUAUAAAAAGAACUAUGACAUGACCAAAACUUGGCCAGGGAGCAGCAAAAAGCUUCUGAGGGUAGAGGACCAUGAUUUCUCCAUGAGGCCUGCCUUUGGAGGCCCGGCUAUUCCAGUUGGAGUGGAUGUGCAGGUUGAAAAUUUGGACAGUAUUUCAGAAGUCAAUAUGGACUUUACAAUGACAUUGUAUUUGAGGCAUUAUUGGAAGGACGAGCGUCUCUCCUUUCCCAGUCGUACGAACAGGAGCAUGACUUUUGAUGGACGGUUGGUAAAGAAGAUCUGGGUGCCAGACAUUUUCUUUGUCCACUCUAAAAGAUCCUUCAUUCACGAUACCACCACUGACAAUAUCAUGUUGCGAGUGUUCCCAGAUGGCCAUGUGCUCUAUAGCACGAGGAUCACAGUGACAGCAAUGUGCAAUAUGGACUUCAGCCGUUUCCCCCUAGAUUCACAGACAUGUUCAUUGGAGCUUGAAAGCUAUGCGUAUACAGAUGAAGAUUUGAUGUUAUACUGGAAAAAUGGGACUGAAUCUCUAAAGACAGACGAAAAUAUUUCCUUGUCUCAAUUCUUGAUUCAAAAAUUUCAUACAACCUCCAGACUUGCUUUUUAUAAUAGUACUGGUCGGUACAAUCGCCUUUACAUUAACUUUAUUCUACAUCGCCAUAUUUUCUUCUUUCUGCUCCAAACCUAUUUUCCUGCCACGUUGAUGGUCAUGUUAUCCUGGGUUUCCUUCUGGAUAGACCAUAGAGCUGUGCCUGCAAGAGUGUCCUUAGGAAUCACAAUAGUCCUGACCAUGUCUACCAUCAUCACUGGUGUCAAUGCCUCCAUGCCUGGCGUUUCCUAUAUCAAGGCUGUGGACAUUUACCUCUGGGUCAGUUUUGUGUUUGUCUUCCUCUCGGUCAUUGAAUAUGCAGCCGUGAACUACCUGGCAACAGUGCAAGAGCGGAAGGAGCAAGAAAAG